AUGAGGUUUGCACGGCUCUUGCAGCCUAAACAGAAAUCUCAAUCAGCAUGGACUCCUCCUCCUAUUACCGCCAAGGGGCUGUCCCUUACAGCCCGACGCAGUUGUUCUUGCGGUGCUCCCGUCUAUUUCUCCGCAACGGGUCCCCUACGUGCCCAAGAUAAAUCCAAGCGUAAAAUAGCAUUUGGAAGGGGACAGACGGGCAAUCGCCAUGAGAAGGUCAAACCCCCUGCCGAGCUUGACCCUGCCCCAGAUCAUCGUACGAUUGGUACAGCUCAAUCCCUCUUCACCACCCACACCUCGAGUCCUGGCGCGCCCUUCUUCCAACCCGAUGGCACCCACAUAUUCAACAAACUCACAGCUUUCCUCCGUGCCCAGUAUCCGGCUUUCGGCUUUCGUGAAGUGCUUACACCAACAAUGUAUAAGCAGUCCUUGUGGGAGCAAUCUGGUCAUUGGGCAAAUUACAAGGAUGAUAUGUUUACGGUGACCCGGAGUUCGUCACACAAGCCUGAGGCCGUACCGGUUGAGUUUUCCGAUGAGCGGAUGCAACCGAAGAAAUAUGUGGAUGAAGAUACCGAGCCGGAAGAAUUUGGCCUCAAACCCAUGAACUGUCCGGGCCAUUGCAUACUCUUUCAGAGUCAACGGAGAAGUUAUAGAGAUUUACCAAUUCGUUACGCUGAUUUCAGUCCUUUGCAUCGAAACGAGAUAUCAGGAGCCCUGAGUGGACUGACUAGGGUCCGGCGAUUCCACCAAGAUGACGGGCAUAUCUUCUGUCGGCCAAGUCAGGUCAAGUCUGAAAUUUCAAAAUCUCUGGAUUUUGUGCGCUUAGUAUACCAAACGUUGGGUUUUCAAGAUUAUGCGCUCGUGCUAAGCACGAGACCCAAGAAGGAUUACAUAGGCACACUAGACGAGUGGAAUAGAGCUGAGGAUCAGUUGAAGGAGGCUUUAGAUGCUAGCAAGACGCUUUGGAGCACGAACCCUGGAGAUGGUGCCUUCUAUGGGCCAAAAAUUGAUGUUAUCGUGCGGGACAGCGACGGGAAAAAGCAUCAGACAGCCACUAUCCAAUUGGAUUUCCAGCUGCCAAAGCGAUUUUUGUUGGGGUACGAGGCACCAGCACCUGAGCUAGAAGCCAAGGGUGAGCCGACUACGAACUCCGUUUCGCGGCAAACGAUGGGUACAGUUACACCAGUUAUGAUUCAUCGAGCUGUGCUUGGGUCUCUAGAACGGUUUAUGGCUCUCCUACUCGAGCAUCAUAACGGUCAAUUACCAUUCUGGCUCAGUCCUCGCCAAGUCAUAAUUCUGACUGUCACUGACAAUUCCCCCGUCAUAAAAUUCGCGAAAAAUCUGAAGGAUAGUCUUUCGAAUACGGCCUUGACCAACCUGCCAAAGCAAAUACACUGCCGAACCUACACUGUCGACGUUGAUGAUAGUGGUGAUUCGAUAUCUCAAAAGAUUGUGCGGGCCAAGAACAAAAAGUACAACAUGAUAUGCGUUGUUGGGGAGAGAAAUAUUGCGGGCGCAAAAAAGGAAGGAGAGUGGCCAACGUUGGAUGUCGAUGUCACCGCUCAGCCAAAUCAACGGAAGACAUGGGAUGCCAUUGAAAAGAUAAGACCAGGCUCGCAAGCUCCAGUUCAAAAGGAUAGAGGCGUUGGUUCAAAUUUUAGGAAGAUGAGUCCAGGUGUUCGGCUUAGAGUGGAUCAAUGUAAAAAAUUGAUGAGGACCCUGACUGAGGAGUAUCUGUAA